AGUAAAGUUGUGAUAUCAUAGCAAUGCGCCGGAAAGUUAGGGCCUAAGCAACGUGAAAUAGUCACAGACUGUUAUUUAUUUAUUCCCUUGUUUAAGGGUAGUUUCUACUUACACUGAACAGUAUUAGCCAUGAUUGAGCAAAAUAAAAGGAAAGGGAUGGAACUGGUCCCGAUGGCAGCCAAGAAGCCGCGGAAUGAAUUGGCGGUGCCUGCAGCGGUGGGCCCACCCAGAACAUCAAGUCUGCAGGCUCCAAUUAUGCUUCUUUCCGGCCAUGAAGGAGAAGUUUAUUGCUCAAAAUUUCACCCAAAUGGGCUCACACUAUGCUCAGCAGGAUUUGACAGACUAAUCUUGCUAUGGAACGUUUACAAUGACUGUGAUAAUUAUGCAACCUUGAAGGGCCACAGUGGGGCUGUCAUGGAGCUGCAUUAUAAUACAGAUGGAAGCCUCCUUUUCUCUGCAUCCACGGACAAAACUGUAGCCAUUUGGGGACUGUGUAGACAGGGGAGCGAAGUCAAACGGUUGAAGGGACACACUUCUUUUGUAAAUUCUUGCUAUCCAGCAAGGCGUGGGCCCAACUGAUCUGCCACCGGAAGUGACGAUGGGACAGUAAAGCUUUGGGAUUUUAGAAAAAAAGCAUCAGUCCAGACAUUCCUGAACACUUACCAGGUGUUGGCUGUCACCUUUAAUGAUACAAGUGACCAAAUUAUCUCAGGGGGGAUAGAUAAUGACAUAAAGGUAAGAAUUAUUUGUAUGGACCUAAGGCAGAACAAACUAAUGUACACAAUGCGAGGGCAUGGGGAUUCAGUGACUGGCCUCAGUCUAAGCUCUGAAGGCUCAUACUUGCUCUCAAACUCUAUGGAUAACACAGUUCGUGUAUGGGAUGUUCGACCUUUUGCCCCCAAAGAACGAUGCUUGAAGAUAUUUCAAGGUAACGUGCACAAUUUUGAGAAGAAUCUCCUGCGGUGUUCGUGGUCUCCUGAUGGAAGCAUAGCAGCAGGAUCAGCAGACAGAUUUGUUUAUGUUUGGGACACUACUUCACGGAGAAUCCUCUACAAACUCCCCGGUCAUGCUGGAUCAGUCAAUGAGGUGGCCUUCCACCCAGAGGAGCCCAUUGUUUUGUCUGCAUCCAGUGAUAAGAGGUUGUACAUUGGAGAAAUUCAGUGACUCGGUGGCUGAAGAUACCAUUAGAAUCUAUUUCCAGAUGAAGCUCUGCAUUCUGAACAUUUUGUCUAGUGAAGUGGAACAGGCCCUAAAGUGGGGCUGUAUAAAGAAUGUCUUUACGGACAGUAUAUGAACCAGAUAGGAAUGGACUCUCUAAGAUGUCUCUUGUUCCCACAUUUGAAAUAUUUUACAGCAGAAUUUUUUUUUAUGCUCCCACUGAAUUUCGUUUAACCAGGAGACCAGUUGAGCUGAUUCUCACAUAUAUUAGGAUUGCCAGUUUUGUAAUUUAAAUAGUCCUUUACUUAAAACAAAACAAAUCUUUAGACUGCUGGUUUAAAGAUAUUUUUUAUCUUGUAUUUGUAGCUUGGUAAAAGCUGUUUGAUUUACCUACCUGUCCCAUUACAGUUGUUUCAUUUAGAUUUGUUAUUUUGUAUGAUAAAUGAUUUUAUUACAA